CAAUAUUCCAAGUGCAACGGGCGGAAGAAAGCACUAUGCAUCGGAAUUAACUAUACAGGUCAACGACGCGAGCUUCGGGGCUGUAUCAACGAUGCGCACAAUGUGAAGCGGUUUUUAACAUCCAAUUGGGGCUACAAAAACGGCGAUAUUGUAAUGUUGGUCGAUGACACCAACAAUUCGAGGCAAAUGCCAACAAGGCAAAACAUUCUGGAUGCGAUGCGUUGGCUUGUGAAGGACGCUCAUCCUCAUGAUGCACUGUUUUUCCACUACUCGGGCCACGGGGGACAGAUUCCAGACCAGGAUGGGGAUGAAGCUGAUGGACUUGAUGAAGUUAUAUACCCUGUCGACUACAAGAAGGCCGGAUUAAUUGUUGAUGACGAAAUGCACCGCAUUAUGGUCAAAUCAUUGCCUGCGGGUUGUCGUUUGACUGCUAUCUUUGACUCUUGUCACUCAGGAACGGCACUAGGUAAGUACAUCUAUCAUUCGAAUGGACGCCUCAAGGGAAACAGUACAACACCGCAGUUUCAAGCAGCGAAGGCCACAAAUGCUGACGUGAUAUCAUUCUCGGGCUGUCGCGACGAUCAAACUAGUGCUGAUACAAGACAGGGUGGUAUGGCUGUUGGGGCUAUGAGCUACGCCUUUGUCAAGUCUUUAUCAAGGAAUCCAGUACAAACUUACCAAGAACUGCUCAAGUCUAUUAGGGACAUUUUGAAGCAACAUUAUCAGCAGAAACCGCAACUAUCGAGCUCGCACCCCAUUGAUACUAAUUUACGCUUCAUCCUCUAACGUGACGAUUUUGGGCAUUAUUAUUAUGCUGCGGUGCUCGCAAUACUUAUAUCAUAUUAACCAACUUAGUGUUCUAUGUACGAGACUAGUAUUUAUGUAUCAGUCUUGGUCUCUCGUUGACGAGAUAUGUAUGUCUAGUUUCGAGCGGUGAAAACGCACCGAGGUACUUUGAAUCAACCCUUCUCUUGUUCCGCAUCACUAUAUUUUCACGUACUCUUGUCCACAAUGA